AUGCUUACAACAAAUAUUGAUGAGAAAAUAAACAUAAAAGAACAAAGAAUUUGUGUUGUUUGUGGGGAUGAAAGUGAUGGGUUACAUUUUGGUAAAUCUUCAUGUAGAGCUUGUGCUGCUUUUUUUAGACGAACUGUGAGUCAACGACUUAAAUAUAUUUGUAAACGAGAUGGUAAUUGCUCAAUUGAUAGAGGAGCAAGAAAUAUGUGCCGUUCAUGUCGGUAUGAAAAAUGUUUACGUGAAGGAAUGCUUACAUCUUCUGUUCAAAAUCAGUACGAACAAAUAAAUGAUAAUCAAAGGAAUUCUUUGCCUCUUCUCCCAUCUGAGAGUGGAAUUGGGAAUAAAAGAUUUGUUUCUGGUAUUGAACAACAAAAAUAUAAAGACAAUUUUAUUAACCACCAAUCUCCUCAAUAUACUCAUCUCCAUAGAAUGAUGGAAGGAUAUCAACAAUUUAAAUCAUUACGUAAAGCUGGUCAAGCAAUGAUUGGAGUUUUUUCUUUAUCUGCACUUUCUGGGGGUGAAUUACCGAGAAGUCAUAUUGAUACUUAUAUGAAGAUAUGUAAAAUAAAUAUAUCUAUUAUGCAAGAUAUUCUUGAACGUUUUUUCUAUCCAUUUAAUGAAGUUCCAGCAGCUGAUAAAUUAAAAUUAACUCAUUAUUAUGGACAAAUGUUUUGUAAUGCUGAACGGGCUUUUCAAACAUAUUUAAGGUUUGGGCCAGGUGAAGAUCUGCUUAUUAUGCCUGAUGGGGGUUAUGUCAGCUUAAGUGAAUUUCAUCUUUUUUUCAAAGAUAGUAAACAAGUAACCAGUGAACCUGAGCAAAUUGCAAGAGUAUUCCAUAAUGCAAUUCAAUAUUUAAUUGCCAAUGUUGUCCCACAUAUGCGUAAUCUUGCAAUGCAAGAGGAAGAAAUGGUUGCGUUAAUGGGAAUGUUUCUUUGGAAUGAUUGUCUGUAUUUUUAA